UUCCGGCCGGUUGUUUACUCUGACGCGCCGCGGCGGUUCGGUUGGUUCCGGAGGUUCUGCCGGUGUUCGUGUUCCGCGUGUGGCGAUGGCGGCGCUUCACCCCGGAGACCCGCAGCUGGUGUCGGCGAUCGUCAGUCACCUGAAGACGGAGGGUCUGUUCGAUCAGCUCCGCAGGGACUGUCUGGCGGACGUGGAUACAAAGCCGGCGUAUUUGCACUUACGACAGCGAGUCGACAACUUCGUGUCCAACCAUCUGGCGAACCACACCUGGAGCCCACAGCUGAACAAGAACCUGCUGAGAAACAGCAUCCGACAGCUGGUCCUGCAGUACGUCU